AUGAAAUCACUGACUUGGAUCUUGGGCCUUUGGGCUCUUGCAGUGUGUUUCACACAUGGUGAGAGUCAAAGAGACCCCAGGGGACCAUAUCCACCUGGACCACUGGCUCCUCCUCCUCCACCACCUUUUCCUUUUGGACCAGGAUUUGUUUCACCACCCCAUCCUCCACCCUAUGGUCCAGGGAGAUUUCCACCACCCCUUUCUCUACCCUAUGGUCCAGGGAGAAUCCCACCACCCCCUCCUCCACCAUAUGGUCCAGGGAGAAUUCAACCACACCCUUUUCCUCCUCCUUAUGGCCCAGGUUAUUCACAGCCACCUUCCCAACCAAGACCCUAUCCACCUGGACCUCCAUUUUUCCCUGUAAUUUCUCCAACUGAUCCUGCCCUCCCUACUCCUGCACCCUAA